AUAGAAGAGUGAUUGACCCUUUUACAAGAUUUAAAACAACUUAUAAUGAAACUCACAGCUAUAUUUGUUUUUAUAAUGGCCGUGCUUGCGUUGUUUGUCGGCCACAGUGAAGCAGACCCAAAAGUCAAUGUAAAGUCUAUCAAGAAAGGGGGCAAAAUUAUUGGUCACGGGCUACGGGCUAUCAACAUCGCAAGCACAGCGCAUGAUAUUGCGAGCAUGUUCCGCAGAAAACGGAAGCACUAGAGUAUAGAGAUUUCAUUAUAUUAUUA